GUCUCCGUUUAUCAAAAUCACUGUGUACGUGUAAACGGCCUCUCAGUUAAUUGUCUGUUGUAAUGUGCACACUCAGGUAUCUGACAGUCGACUUGAUGGGAGUACCGUAUGCUGCCGCAAGAUGGCAGUCAUGUAUGGCUGAUAGUUCACUUUUGGUCAAAUUCAGUUUCAGACCAGAUGCUCUAGAAAAGAGAUCAAUGGUCUCGAUGGCCUUUGGAACCUGCUCCACAUUUUUUAAUAAUAAAGUUGUGUCAUCUGCCAGCUGAUUUACAACUAUAUCGCUCCUACAGACACUUUUUUAACAAGAACUGAAAGCAUCUCUGCUGCAAUAAGAAAAGUGAUGGUGAGAUUGGACAGCCUUGUUUUAUACCUCUGUUGAUUGAGACACGAGGAGAGGUGCCACCUGGUGAGGAAACUGAGCUGUUGGUGUCGUGAUAUAAACAUUUUAUUGUCUUCUUGAAGCAGCAAGGCUCUAAUGCUUUGAAAUGCUUUUUUGGAGCUUCUAUCAGCAGGGUUGUGCACAGGUGUGUUGCAUACUGCCAGUGAUUGGCCUGAGACUGGUUACUGGUUACUGGUUACUUUACCUGCCAGCCCACUGUUGCCUCAUGUAUGCUCUGAUGGAGAUCUACUGGACUGAAAGCUCAACAAUAAAGUGAAACACUGCAGAGAUCAGCUGGGUAGACACGGUGGGUUCCUCCUCCCCAAAUCCUGAAUUUGCGUCAGAUUUGGUGAAAACACUGAGGAUUAUAUAACGAGUGAAUGGGUGUAGCAGAUAAAACGCCCACCAGGCCCUGAGCUGUGCUGCCGCUGCUGUGAAGCUGCAUACCCACAGAAACCGCAGAGAUGUCCACUUGUGAGUUUGAAUCCCUGGAGAAGUCUCUGGAGUCUCACCUGCCAGAGGCCGAGCUGUCAGAGGUGAAACGCAUCUUAUUCGGGAAGGACACAAGGAAGUUGGACCUCCCUGCGUGUGCUGUGGACGCUGCCUCCGAGCAUGACUUUGAGUUGAAGGGUUACAGGUUUGAAGCUGCACAGGAACAACUGAGGCCACCCAGAAGGAUCCGCGUGGGACUCAUUCAGCACCACAUAGUUCUUCCCACUGAUGCCCCCAUCCUGGACCAGAUCAAUGCCAUGCAUAGCCGGAUUGGUGAAAUAGUUGAAGUGGCAGCCAUGUGUGGUGUAAACAUUGUCUGCUUUCAGGAGACCUGGACCAUGCCCUUUGCUUUCUGCACCCGCGAGAAAGAACCAUGGACAGAGUUUGCGGAGUCUGCUGAGGCAGGAAACACCACGCGCUUCUGCCAAGAGCUGGCCAAAAAAUACAACAUGGUAGUUGUUUCUCCAAUUCUGGAGCGAGAGGAGCUGCACAGCACUCUGUGGAACACAGCAGUGGUGAUCUCCAACUCUGGAAAUGUGCUGGGAAAGAGCAGGAAGAACCAUAUUCCCAGGAUUGGGGACUUUAAUGAGUCUACAUAUUAUAUGGAGGGCAACACUGGCCACACAGUGUUUCAGACACAGUUUGGGAACAUAGCUGUGAAUAUCUGCUACGGGCGCCAUCACCCCCUUAACUGGUUCAUGUACAGCAUGAAUGGAGCUGAGAUUAUCUUCAACCCCUCAGCUACUGUGGGAGCUCUCAGUGAGCCCAUGUGGUCUAUAGAGGCCAGGAAUGCAGCAAUAGCAAACCACUGUUUCACUUGCGCAAUCAACCGUGUUGGGACGGAACAUUUCAAAAGUGAGUUCACAUCUGGUGAUGGAAAAAAAGCUCACCAUGACUUUGGACAUUUCUAUGGAUCCAGUUAUGUGGCUGCUCCUGAUGGCAGCCGCACCCCGGGGCUCUCCAGGACCCGUGACGGACUGCUGGUGGUGGAAAUGGAUCUCAACCUGAACAGACAAAUCAGUGACAAAUGGAGUUUUAAGAUGACUGGGAGAUAUCCUGAGUAUGCAGAGGAACUUACCAAGGCUGUCAGACAUGACUUCAAACCCAAUACAGUGAAGGAGUAGAUAAUAUUCCACUAUAGUUGAUUAAAGUAUGUAGCAAACAAA